AUGGCGAGGUUCCUGUUGGCCCUUGUCGGGCUGUUGUGCUGGUUCGUAAGCCGGCACACGAGCGCGUCUGAUAGGUCCACCAGCAGUGACAACGGGGGCAUGUAUGUCUCCCCCUUGCACUCGUUCAGCUCGCCCUUCACCGUGAACGACCUGAACAACGGCUGGGUUCUUAACUACUCCACAGCCAGCACAAACAAGUACCUGGUGCUCAUCCCAAAUGUGUACAACCGAAGGGGCUUCCUCUACCACAGAAAGCCAAUCCUGUCGGAUAGCAUCAACAUCGAGUUCAGCUUCCACAUAAGGAAACAACUAUACAAGGAACAUAUAGACGAAAGUUAUUACAAAAACAACCAGGUAAAAGAAACAACUUAUAAAAACUCCACGGAGGAAAGGAACAAAAUAAAUGGCUUCGCCUUUUGGCUCCUACCCAACGAGUUUUCCCUGCAAAGUGUAAAUACUGAAGGAGGGGUCCAACUGGAAGAAGAUGAGUUCGCACUAUAUGGAUAUAAAAAGAAUUUUAACGGAAUUGGGGUGGGUUUCCAAUUACGUGGAAACGAAUUAGCCAUAUCCGGAUUUAUUAACAAUGGAAAAAAAAACCUCAGUGUGAAGGAGAGCACCACAAAGAGUUACAGCCUCAGUCUACUAAGCAUGGACGAGCUGAUCUAUGUAAAAAUAACGACACAGAAAAACGAAAUGCGUGUUUAUUUGUUCAAUGCGAGGAACAACAGCUAUAUUCACAGCUUAACGGUGAAGAAGCAGAUACCAAGGGAAAAUUACAUCGGGUUCAGUGCCUUCAAUUAUAAGGAGAAUGAACAGCUAGCCAACACGAAUGCAGAGAAGUUUGUGCCAACCUUUGUAGGCAUCACACACGUUUCAAUCUCCAGUAAAGACAUUCUCCCGGAUACAGAGCAGGGAGUGUACUCAGGACAAGAAGCAGUUUCAAUGCAUAGCAACGUGGAGGAAAACGUAAACAAUCGCCCCAGUGAUACCCUUAGCGGAAUGGACUCUACUCAUCCCAACCAAGCGGAAGCGCUCAAGUCCCUAACCGAUACCUUGCAAAAAUUCAUGUCCAACCAGAGAAGUAGCGAAAAGAAAAUCCAGCAAAGCCUUAACAUGCUGCACGAGGGUCUCCUCCUUCUACACGCAGAGAUAAAGCAAGUGAAAAAAAAUGUUGUGAACAAAUCUGAAGACCCCAAACAAUUUCACAAACUUUUCACCACAGAAUUGAGUGGACUCAAAAGCUUAUUCCACUCACAUGCACAACAUAGUAAGAAGAAUAUGGAGGACAUUACGGACAGACUGACAAAACGGAUUAAUGAGAACCAGGAACUGAAGCUCCUCGCGGAGAAGGCCCAAAAACUGGAGACCAUCAUAAACAAGGGAAACAACACGUCGUACUUUUUUUCGUUUGCCUUUGCUGCCCUCAUCAUUUUGACUCUCAUUUUGAUAUACAAAAAGAUUAGGGACGUCGAGAAAAAGCAUAUUUUGUGA